ACGGCUGCUGCAUGAGCGCCAAGGUCUUCCAGAUGCCCAACUCGGCGCGGAAGCGCUCUCCGACGACGGACCUCAACCCCUCCGUGCUCAAGAAGACGAAGAACACGAACGACGCGCGGCUCGUCGCCCGCCGUCGCUGGAAAAUGAUCCAGGGACACGUCUUGCUGUCGCGCUGGCUGCGCAAGACCGUCGGCGAGAACAACCACCGCAAGUUCCGCAAGGCGCAGCAGUCGCUUAUGGACUCGCUUUUUACGAGCCAAGACGACUUCAUCGACGUCCUCCUCAAGAUUCGAGAGCAAUUUGUGUCGUUCAUGGACGCCGAAAACUGCUACAUGUACAUUGCCACGACGCGUGGAGUCCUCGAAUUUGACGGACAGAGCGUGUAUCCGUCCACGCGCAUUCAAAACGGCCUCCUCCACCGCGCGUUCGAGCAAGGGACCCCGAUGCACGUCCAUACGGCCGUCACCUCGGACCUCUUUAUCGACGAAAAGGACGGGCUCGACGGGCUCGACGUGCGGGUGCGCUUCCUUUACCUCUCUCGACGAUAUGCUGCUCAUCUGUAG